GACUCUGGAAACAAAAAUUAAACAAAGCAAAAGCCCCUAGUGAUCUUGCAAACAACGCGUUGUCCCAUUGGAAAAUAGGAAAACAUCACGCUGUUUCAUUCGAAUUCGUGUCUCGCCGUCGGUAAUGGCGAAAAAAGUCACCGAUAUCGUGAAUCUUGACAGUGACAGUGACGACGAUGACGGAGGAGGAGGAGGAAGAGGAAGAGGAAUGGUUCAGAGCUUGGCAUCACUGAUGGAGAAUCAGCAAGUUCCGGUCACUGAUGCUGCGGCGGUGGCUCCUCGAGAAACCCUAGAAUGCCGGAGUUUCUGGAAAGCCGGCGAAAACUAUGUGAUCCCUACCGGUGUUACUCCAACUGCUCCAGGUAUGCUUGAGCAUGCUCGAGUUCAUCCAAAGUUUCUUCACUCGAAUGCUACUUCACAUAAAUGGGCUUUUGGAGCAAUCGCUGAGCUACUUGACAAUGCGGUUGAUGAGACACAAAACGGUGCCACCUUUGUCAAGAUUGAUAAGAUCAAUAUUGUUAAAGAUAACACCCCAGCUUUAGUUUUCCAAGAUGAUGGGGGUGGGAUGGAUCCCAAUGGGAUUCGAAAAUGCAUGAGUUUAGGCUACUCAUCCAAGAAGUCUAACACUACGAUUGGACAGUAUGGAAAUGGUUUCAAGACAAGUACCAUGAGACUUGGAGCUGAUGCUCUCGUUUUCAGUCGCUCAACUCGUGGAGGCAAAUCUACGCAGAGCAUCGGUCUUCUGUCUUACACAUUCCUUAGGAGAACUGGUCAGGAUGAUGUGAUUGUUCCUAUGAUUGAUUUCGAUAUAUCCAAUGAUCAGCCUCAACCAAUUAUUUAUGGGUCCUCCGGAGAUUGGUCUACCAACCUUAACAUUCUUCUCAAAUGGUCCCCGUUUUCAACAGUGGACGAGCUUUUGCAGCAGUUUGAGGAUAUUGGAACACAUGGGACAAAAGUGAUUAUAUACAACUUGUGGCUUAAUGAUGAAGGAAUUUAUGAGCUGAGUUUUGAUGACGAUGACGAGGACAUACAGCUCCGAGAUGAAAAUGCCCAAGACGGGAAACGGUUGUACGCUAGAACAUUAGAACUAAGAUCUCAUAUCUCAUACCGCUAUCGACAUUCUCUAAGGGCUUACAUUUCCAUGUUAUAUCUCAAAAAGUUCAAAAACUUCAAAAUUAUUCUUCGGGGAAUCCCUGUGGAGCAAUACAACAUUGCUGACGAAUUCAGACAUCCUGAGACUAUAAUGUACAAACCCCAAGCAACUGCAGUGGAAUAUGCUGCCUCUGAAAUAAAAAUUGGAUUCAUCAAAGAAGCGCCUAAACUUCCAAUUUGUGGUUUUAAUGUCUAUCACAAAAACCGUCUCAUCCGGCCUUUCUGGAAGGUCAUUCAGGAAGGGUCAACGAGAUGCAAUGGUGUUGUGGGAGUUCUAGAAGCAAACUUCAUAGAACCAGCCCAUGAUAAGCAAGAUUUUGAGAGAUCUUCUCUAUUUCAGCGGCUGGAGGCAAAGUUGAAAAAGAUUAUCUCUGAUUACUGGCAAAGCCACUGCCACAUUUUCGGAUACCAAACUCCUCAAAUCCCUGCAGAUAAGUCGAAGAGGAUAGUGAUACCUGAUCCACUGCCAACUGUCAAUACAUCAAAUCCUUCGCCUUUGCCUUCUGAUAAAUUUAGUCAAGGUGGUCCGAUUAUACGUGAAAUCAGUAUUAGUAACGCGACAUCAAGCCGUACAGUUGCUGUUCCAGCGCCACAUAUGAGAAAUUCCACAGGUUUAAGAAGUAACUUCCAAGGCGUGCAGCUCAACCCUCAACCUGCAGCUACCGAUACUGGAAACAACCUCGUUGGCAAGUCAGCGAAUGAGAUAAGCGAAGAGAACUUACAACUCUUCAUGAGGUGCGACGAAUAUAUAAAGAAAGAGAAUGAAAUAGAACAGACGGUAAAGAGCUUGGAAAAAGAACUGGAAGAAAUGAAAAGUAAAUGUGCACAACUUGCUUUGCUUGUGGAUGCUAAGAAGAAGGAGAUGCAACAGCAAGUUUAAUAAAACGUUUACAACAGAGUUUAGUUAAGUUUAGUUAGUUAAUUAGUUUUAGGACAUGGGCUUGUAACGUAAUUGGGCUUUGUGGCCCGAUUAGAUACUAAUAAGCAAAGCAAUGAUGAUGAUGAUGACUGAGAAAAGACGUUUGACGUUUGCUUUUUCUUCUUGUCGAAGCUAAGAAAACAUUUCAGUAGUUUAA